AUGGAGGUGCCACCGUCUGUGGAGAUCACCGACGGGCAGCACCUUGAGACUGAGCAGCUGCAGGACGAGAUCAGUAUGGAUGGAGUACAGCAGAGUGGGGGGCAGGAGACAGGGGAGCAGCAGACAGGGGAGCAGCAGAUUGGGGAGCAGCAGACAGGGGAGCCGCAGACAGGGGAGCAGGAGAUGUGGGGAACUAGAGAUGGUGGUCGUGUGUUGGUUUCUGGGACGACCACUGCACCACUGCGUCGCUCCACUCGCAUCACUCGUGGUGUCUCGCCUGUCCGAUACGCUUGGGCUGUAGUGGUUGAGCCAGCGGGCUUGGAUGACAAGGAGGAGGACGAGGAGUGGACUAACCUGGACCCAGACGGGGAAGGCGCAGAGGCUGCGCAUGAAGGCCCCGAGGCGGAAGGGGUUCUGCUGGGCGAGGCAGCACCGGGUGAACCUGGGGAGGGGGAAGUGGGGACGGGGAGGGAUGCAGCGAAAACAGGGGGAUGCCACGGGGGCGGCGGCAGGAGAGAGUUAUGGGGUGGUGGGAGGGAGGGAGGAGCGCUGGUGGGAAGUGCGGGUGGGGCAGAGGGACGAGAGCUGGGGGGUGGUGGUGGCGGGAUGGGGGAUAGUCGCAUGGGAAAUGGCGGGGUGGGGCUUUGCGGGCCAGAGGGCGGAAGGGGAUGGGCUAGAGGGUCACAUGCAGGGGGGGAAGAGGCGUGGGAGGGGGGAGGGGUGAGGGGAGAACGUAGAGACUAUGUGGAUCUGGUGGGAGAGGAUGAGGAGGAGGAGAGGGGGAAGUGGGGACAUGAUAAGUUCUACACGUGUGGGGAGUGUGGAAAGGCGUUUGCUACACGGUCGAAGUUUAUUUAUCACGUGGCCACCCACUCGAAGCAGCGUCAACGCGACAUGGUACAGCAUGCAAAGAAGCAGCAUGGGGAGGAAUGGGGGAGUAGGGGCAGGGUAAUUGGUGUGUUUGGCGGGGAGGGGCGGGGUGGGGGCAAGGUAAAGAGGGCGCAUGGGGGGGAGAAGGGGAUGAGGGUGCAUGAAGGAGUGGUGGGGAGGCAUGGAGGCAAGAAGAAGGCCGAUUUUGUCAGCGGGGAUGAGGGAAAGAGGAGGGAGGAGCGGGACAAAGAGGGAAAGAGGGGGGAGGAGAGGGAAGAAGAGGGAAAGACGGGGGAGGAGAGGGAAGAAGAGAGGAAGGGAGGGUCACAUGCAGGGGGGGAAGAGGCUCGGGAGGGGGGAGGGGUGUGGGGGGAAGGUAGGGACUAUGUGGAUUUGGUGGGAGAGGAUGAGGAGGAUGAGGAGGAGGAGGAGGAGGAGGAGGAGGAGGAGGAGGAGGAGGAGGAGGAGGAGGAGGAGGAGGAAGAGGAGGACGAGGAGGAGGAGAAGGGGAAGUGGGGACAUGAUAAGUUCUACACGUGUGGGGAGUGUGGAAAGGCGUUUGCUGCACUGUCAAGGCCAUUCGCAUUCAGCUACCUGUUAAAGGGGCACCAUCUCACUCACAACUCCGAUGCCUCCCAGCACCCAUGCUCUCAUCCCGGGUUCCCUCGGACCUUCAAGCGUCGGGACGACAUGAAGAAGCAUGCAUGGACGCAACAUUGCAGCGAGAUGUGGAGUGGAAAGAAGCCUCAGCAUGCAAGGAAUCUGCAUUGGGGGGAGUGGGGGAUUGGGAAGGGGGUAUUUGGUGUGUCCGGUGGGGAGGGGGGGAGUGAGGGCGGGGUAGAGAGUGCGCAUUGGGGGAAGAAGGGGAAGGGGGCGGAUGGGGGAGUGGUGGGGAGGCAUGGAGGCGAGAAGAAGGCCGAUUUUGUCAGUGGGGACGAGGGAAGGAGAGAGGAGAGGGAAAAAGAAGGAAAGAAGGGGGAUGAGAGGGAAGGAAAGAGGAAGCGAGAGGAGAGGGGCGAGGAGGAGAGAAAGGAGGAGAGGAAGGAAGAGGCAAGGAGAGAGGAGGAGAGGAGGGAAGAGGCGAGGAGGGAGGAGGAGAGGAGGGAAGAGCCUUUGAGGCACGAAGGUGAGAAGGAAACCAGUGUUGUGAUGGGGAAAGAGGGAAGGAGAGGGGAGGAGAGAGGAGGAAAGGGAAGAAGUGGGGAAGAGAGGGAUGGCAAGGAGGGAACACCCCUUUCCCUUCCAGGAAAGGGUGGCGUGGCAACGGCAGUGGUGCAGCUCCAAGAGGUGGGCAGCACGGUUGGAGGAGGGAGGGGGGAAGAGGUGGCAGGAGCUCAGUCAUUAUUUGGCUCCUUGGCCAAGAACGCGAGCAAGGCGGGAAGUCCUACCGCGGCCUCCGGUGCGAGCUGUGACGGGGACGACGGAGAAGAAGCGAACGGCGACGACGCCGAGGAGGAUUGGCCGGAGAACGGCCACGACGACAGCGCUUCGGGCGACGAAUUAGGUCCUACCGACAUCGAGGAGGACGAAUGGUGGAAUCGGCCGGUCGGGAGCGACGACGAGGUGGAAGAGUGGCGGGCUGGAGAUUCGGACAACGACGGAGGUGAAAAUGCGAGUGGUGACAACGCGGAGGCAGCGGCGGAUGCACAAGAAGCGGCGAUGGAUGCAAAUGAGGAGAAUGAAGACGGCGCGGCCGCAAUUGUGGAUGCGGAUGCUGUGGCAGAGUCGGACACGGUUGCUGCGGAUGCCGUCUUAUUUGACGAUGAAAGCGGUGACAACGACCCAUGGAGCCUUGGGACACACGACGACGUUCCGCUACUGAAGCGGAGGGUGCGCCAUCGCCUACAGUCCCAGUCAAAGCGGGCCCUUGUGGUGCUCUCUGACGACGACAGUCCGGGGGAGGAGCGUCGCCCGAAACUCACCGCUGCGGAGAAGGGAAAAGCCAAGGUCGCGGAAGCCCCUGCUAAGGUCCCUGCUCGUCGCCGCACAAGCAACAAGAAGCGGACAUCCGACGGAGAUCCAAGAUCUAGCAAGGGUGCGGCUAAGAAGAAGGCGAAGAAGGCGCCGAAUCCUCACGACAUCGUCGUGAACGAGACUCUAGGCAGCGACGAUGAGUACGCGGCGGCGGCGGGCCCGAUUCCCACGUUCCUUGAGAAGGUCACGCCGAAGGACGCCACCCUCCAUAAUCCCAACACCCGCCCACCUUCCCCUCGCAGCAAGGACACUACGAGGAAGCGCCGCAGUUGGACCGUGCGUGAGAAGCUUAAGUGGGCGCGGCGCUAUCUGGAGCUCGGCUCCUUGAAGAAGACGAGCGUGGAGUCAACCGCGUCCAUCGCCUGCAUCAGUCGCUGGAGGAACCUGCGGAGGCCGCCCCACCCCGUGCUGCUGCAGUGGAUCGCGGAGGCUUGGGAUCAAGUCUCCAAGCAGUUCAUCAUCGACGCGUUCCGCCACUGUCGGAUCUCAAGCAAGCUGGACGGAACGGAGAACCACCUGGUGAUGUCUCACCUGCGCGCCAGGAGCACCACUGAUGUCUCCGCCGACAUGUCCCUCGGGGGGACCACAGGCGACAACACGCGCAUGCUUGGUCGGGCUCCAGAGGAGGAGGAGGAGGAGGAGGCGAUGCAGGCGGAGGGCGUGCGGGAGGUGGCAGUGGCGACCGGCCUGGAGGUGCUAUACCAGGAGACCCCCAACUACCGCGGAGCGGCGGCCGAGGCUGACCGCAUGAUCGAGCCUAGGGAGACGGCUAGGCAUGCCUGGCGAGUGCCAGACCUGAAUGUAGAGCCUGUUGUUAGUGCAGGCGAGGAGGCGGUGACUGAGGGGGGUUAG